CUUUCGCUUAUCCUCUUCGCUGCCUACGCGGGUACGGCACUGGCCGACAUCACACCCACUGCGCCUGGUCCUGGAGAUACCUUCGCUGCUGGCUCUGACUGCACGAUCAAGUGGACCGCCGACGUGAGUGGUCAAUGGACCAACGUCACCAUAUACCUCAUGUCUGGCUCCAACGACAAUAUGACGCGAGUGACGACCGUCGCGUCUGGUGUGGACGGCACGGACUCUAGCUUGUCCCCAUAUACUUGGACUUGUCCGGAGGUGGAUCCGUACUCCGCCAUUUACUUCUAUCAGCUCACCAAUGGGGCUAAUAGCCCAGAAUCCGCAUGGACUACCCGCUUCGCGAUCACCUCCGCAAGUGGCGACAGUCAGCCUCCGGCGCAUACUACACAGCCGGCAGGCGAUGCUGUCCCUUGGGGUGAAGGCCAUUUGGCUUCUGGAGGCACAGUGUCAGCGCAAGAGGUCGGAUCCGACGACGCUUCGUCUAGCGAC